CAGAGGAUGCGUCAUUGCAUCUGCGCAGUCCUGUCAACCCGUCGUACAGGCUGCUGUUCGACGAGUGGGUCAGUUUAGUUUUAUGACAGAUCUUCAUUUCACAUGUUUGUUAAAAAUUAAAAUCACGGAUCAAAAUGUUAAUUAAAGAAUUCCGAGUCGUCUUACCUUUGACUGUCGAUGAGUACCAAGUGGCCCAACUGUUCAGCGUCGCCGAGGCCUCCAAGGACAACACAGGUGGCGGCGAAGGGAUCGAGGUGCUGAAGAAUGAGCCCUUCACCAAUUACCCCCUGCUGGGGGGCAAGUACAACUCCGGUCAAUACACCUACAAGAUAUACCACUUGACCAGCAAGGUGCCGGCCUUCAUAAGGCUGCUGGCCCCCAAGGGUAGCUUGGAGGUGCACGAGGAGGCCUGGAACGCCUAUCCGUACUGCCGGACGGUCAUCACGAAUCCCCUGUAUAUGAAAGAAAAUUUCGUUAUCCUCAUCGAAACAAUGCACGCGAACGAUAAAGGAUAUUCGCAGAACGUUCACCAAUUGUCCAACGACAAAUUGAAGCAGCGCGAGGUGGUCUUCGUCGAUAUCGCCAACGACCCUCUACCAUCGUCAGACUAUAAGAAAGAGGAGGAUCCGACCCUGUUCCGAUCCCAGAAAACUGGCAGGGGUCCACUGACGGGCGACUGGAGGAACCAGGUCCAGCCCGUCAUGACCUGCUACAAGUUGGUCACGGUGGAGUUCAAGUGGUUUGGGCUUCAGAAUAGGAUUGAGAGUUUUAUCCAAAAAACCGAAAGACGGUUAUUCACCAAUUUUCAUAGGCAAGUAUUCUGUUGGAUGGACCGCUGGUAUGGUCUGACGAUGGACGACAUAAGAAGAAUAGAGGAAAAAACGAAAGAAGAACUAGAGGCCCUUCGUCAAAAAGGGGAAGUACGAGGGUUGAAGGCGGACUCUGAGUAAAGGAAAAAACAACGUUUAGAGUCUUUGUUUAGUAAAAUAUUGAUUAUUAACAUUAGUAAAGAAACAAACAUUCAAAUUCGAAACAUUGUCUAUUUGCAUUGUCCGUCAGGUAGAGACACGUUAUGUAAAUCUUGUUUUAUUCGAGCUGGUAGAUCAGGUGGAUACUUAAGUUUGCUGGAUAAAUCAAGAAAUAUUUUUUUCAACUUCAACAAAUUCAACGUCCUUCAGAUUAAUAUUAAUGAUCAGUAUCGUGAUGUGUCUCUGCCGAAUAGGAAUAUGGCGAUUUUCCUUAUUCCAUUUUUGAGGUUAGGUGUUUUCUAAAUGUCGUGAUCGAAUUCAACGUAUAAUAAAGAGGAAAUAUUGAA